UUUCAAAACAAAAUAUGAAAAAUUUUACUCUGUCCAUUGUCCGUGAAAAAUUGAUAAAUGUCCGACCAUAUUUUUUCGUUUUUCUGUUAAUUCGACAAUUUCAUUUUCUUCUUUCAGAAUAUUAUCCUUUGCAAGAGACUAUGCCACGAAACGUAUUGCAUUUCAGAAACAUUUGAUCAAACACCCACUACAUAUGCGUACCCUUGCAGCCAUGGAGGUAUGAUUGUUUACUAAGGCCAAGCAGAUGGUAGUCAAUGGACCACUUGCUUGUUAGACUAAAUUUUAAUCUAAGUAAAGAGAAGGGAAUCAAACACAACAGCUUAAUAGAACAUAAUGCGGAAAUUAGUAAAAUUGCAAAAUUGGUUGCGAAAUGAUGUAAAGCUUGGAAAAUAUAGUCUUGCAAAGUUUGCAAAUUUUGGAUAUGUUUGUAUUACGUGCGGAAAUUGUCACCAUUUUCGGCUCAAAAAUGGUAACAAUUUCCGCACGUAAUACAAACAUUUAUAAAAUAACAUGUAUAACACGCGUGCUCUGAUUGGUCGAAACCCGUGUUUGGAUCAGGCCAUCCAAACAUGGAAGACCAUAUGGUGUUGUUGUUAUUUUAUAAAACAAUUACUUUAUGGUUUCCGUGUUUGGAUGGCCUGAUCCAAACACUUGGGAAUGUUGCUCGAGUUAAGAAAAGCGCGCAAAAUCACUCGCCUUCGGCUCGUGUUUCGCGCGCUUUUCUUAACUCUCGCAACAUUCCCGCGUGUUUGGAUCAGGCCAUCCAAACACGGAAACCAUAAAGUAAUUGUACAAUACAAAAUAUGCAAAUUUCGCAAGGCUAUAUUUUCCAAGCUUUACAACAUUUCGUAACCAAAUUUUGCAAUUUUACUAAUUUGAAUAAGUUCUUUACGGCAAUUUACUUUUUUUGCCUAGAUAAAAAAUUAGUCUAACAUGCAAGUUGUCUAUUUCAGAAAUAUUACUUGCCACUAAAUACAAAACUACGCACGCAAAAAUCACACAUCUUGUAGCAAGUCUGCCAACAAGCCGUCAACAAAUUACGUUCGCACUGCUUGUCCCAAGUUAUCAACAAAUAUGGAGCAACUUGUUAAACACUAGUUGAUAUUAUCAGACUUGUUGCAACGUUGGUCUAACGUUGUCUGAUAAUAUCAACAAGGUUGUCACAACUGGAAACAAGUUGUUCCAUAUUUGUUGAUAACUUGGGACAAGCAGCGCGAACACAAUUUGUUGACGACUUGUUGGCAGACUUGCUACAAGAUGUGAGAUUUUUGCGUGUGUAGUAGGAGAAAAAUGAACAGGCACAGACUAUUUUCUCGCUCUGUUGGCUGAAGCUUGACCACCAUCAGCAACGCGAUAGUUCAUAGUGUAACGCAUCUUUUGCUAUACUCAAAAAUCAACAUUAUUUGAUAUUCAGGUUGAAACUCGUGCUAGCAUGUCGUUGGUUCUGGAACUGGCUAGACUACUUGGUUUACAAGAGAAUGGAAAAGCAUCGGAAAAUGACGAGCUUGUGUUUCGAUUGUUAACGCCAAUCACGAAACUCUACACUGCAAAACAGGUUCUGAUAAUUGAUCAUCAUUGUUUCAAUGUACACCCUUCAUUCGUUAUCCUUACACUGAAAAUGAUUUAUUUUCAGGCAGUCAGUGUCAUCUCUGAAGGAUUGGAGUGUUUUGGUGGUCAGGGAUACAUAGAGGAUACUGGAUUACCAGGGUUACUUAGGGAUGCUCAGGUACCGUAGCAUACUCGGUGACUGUCUAUCAGUUCUAAACUGUUCUUGCUAGAGGUCCAUGCAGUAGGGUCAUCUCUUAUCGAUCCAGUGCUACUACAUCGAUACUACAGGAGGAAACUAAACUGUUUUCCCUAGAGGUCCAGUAAGGAUCAUCUCUUAUUAAUCCAGUGUUACUAAAGGAGGAAACCUAAACUAAACUAACUUUAUUUAUACUGGAUAGCUCUAUUAUUUCUAAACUGUUCUUCCUAGAGGUCCAGUAAGGAUAAUCUCUUAUCGAUCCAAUGUUACUACAGGAGGAAACCUAAUCUAAACUAACUUUAUUUGUACUGGAUAGCUCUAUCAGUUAUAAACUGUUGUCUGUAUAGGUAUAGAAUAAGAACUAUUGAUUGGUUGGGCGAAAAUAAAAUACACACCUGACGAUGAACCGACCAUUUUUUUUGCGUAAAUCAAGACAAAAAGAUAGAUAAUGGGGUCUGUUAUGUCAGCAUCGAGUUCCCUAACCUUAUGCUGUUGACUAUGUACCAACAAUGCACCGUAUCUUUUUAGGUUUUGCCAAUUUGGGAAGGCACGACAAAUAUUCUGUCGCUUGAUGUUUUGCGAGCAAUCACAAAAACAGAAGGACGAGUGAUUCUCGCUUUUCGUGACGCGGUUAUGAAGAAAAUAUCACAUGCACGUGAACAAUCACGCAGCGAUCUGGUGAGCGUGUGUGAUGUUCUCGAGAAAGGACUGGGGGAGAUUUUGGAGUUCUUACAACAUGCUGCUAAGGAGGGGCCCGAGUAUCUUGAAAUACCAGCCCGAGAUCUGGCUUACAGCCUGGCGCGGGUGUAUGCAGGUUAGCGAAGGUGUACUCGAGAAAUCUUUUUUCGAUCAAGCGCGAAAAUAUUGGAAAAUGAGAAUAUUGAGUUUGAGGUAAAUAAUAUUUUUCUCAUCAUCUUAGCAAGGUAACCAAACAUUUUCAUUCUAUUUCUAGGUGCCUUACUUAUUGAGCAUGCGUCCUGGUCAGAAGCGUGUCAUUCUGACGUUGCUGUCGCAAAAAGGUAAGACUUGUAUGAAAAUAAUAUGACCUCAGUCGCAUGUGAAUGCUUCCAAUUUGACCAAACAUUUGAUCUAGCCUUAUCUGCAAGGAGGGGUGCAGGUUUUCCAUGGGGUGGUGCAUGAGGGAGCCUUACUGCCCACUCUCCUCUGCAAUCUGCAACGCUACUAUCCCAACAUUACCAUUAUUUGAGAUGGCCAAAUCUGCAUGUCCGCCGUUCUGUUACGUUUUACAUUAUCUUUUAUUUAUAAAGUUUAUAUCGGCUUUUUAUCAUGUAAGCGUGACUGGACUCUUGUUAAAGUACAGUAUAUUUGAAAAUAUGGCUGUAUAACAACCUCGACAUGUUUACAUAUUUAACCAUGAUAUUUAACUAAAGCAUUCUGGGUAUUUUCUCGUGAGCUCGCAAAUCAAUUAAAUCGUUCAAGAAAUCGAUACGCGCUAACAGUAGAAGUUCCGCUGAUCGCCAUUCGAAAAGCAGAAAGUGUGUGGUCAAACAAAUUUUUUAGAGUGGUGCUGGACUCACUAGGGCAGAGUUGUACCCCAGAUCCGCCCCUGACCAAACACCACAGGUUUUGCAAUCCGGUUUCCACCUAUACUAGCACUGAACCAGUAAAGGAUGAUCCUUAUUAGACCUCUAGGAAGAACAGUUUAGAACUGAUACAUUCAUGUAUCUACUUGUUUACAGAUGGUGUUCACAAAACCUUUCCCCAGUAUUCCGUUGUCACACGCUCGGCGCUUACACCUCUGGAGAAUCCUCAUUAGACUAUGAAAUUACAAUGAAGGGGCAUCCACAAUUUGAAUAAGAAACUGUGAUAACUGUCUUAAGGUAAGUCCUAUUAAGGUAAUGGCUAUUAAAGUGUGACUAACCCCAAAUAUAUAUUUUGAUGUGUGUAGUAUUUGGGUCAUUCAAAGAAGAAAUGUAAUGUAUCUUUAUAGUAAAAAACCUCAUCUUGAUCAACUUUUUCACUGUCAAAGUUUCAGAUAAGAUAUCACUAGGUAGAUUUUUGGUACAAAAUACAAAGGAAAACUAAUUUGCAAUUUACCUAAUGACAUCAUAUCCGGAAACUUUGACCGUGAAAAAGUUGAUCAAAUAAUUUACACAUACCAAAAAUCAUAUUUGUGGUUAGUCCCACUUUAAGGGCAUAUGCUUCAUAGGUCAUUUUCAUGUGCCAUUCACGAGAAAGAAUUUAUUAUAUUGAACUCGAAACGUGUGUUAGGAGACGAUGCGAUGGCCUGUGGAAGAUUUUAUUUGUUGCGCUGUACAUUUCGUAUUUACAUAGAUAUGUAUAUUUUAUAAUAUAUUUGGGUUGAGAAGCGUUCAUUCGCUAAGAUUUUGAUCCUCUUUUUUAUAACCUCUUUUUGUCUUGUGAUAAAUUUCGUCUGUAUCUUCGGUAUAGAUUGCUUCGUUUGUCAUUUCUAUCGUAGUUAUUGCCCAUGUACUAAACAAAGAACAAAUAUCAGUGAUUCUUAGGUCAACCUGUAGGUAACACAACCCUCCAGUAACUUACCGCGGUCAUUGGUAGAUCAGCUCUGAUUGUUAAACAGCAGUGUUUGGGACAUGAUUCGUCACACACUCUUGAACACAUUGCAUUGCAUGGGACAUUGCUGUCGUCUUCGGUCAUAUAAGGAUUACUGUAGUAUUGAUUGUUGUCAUAUGGGGAUGUUUGCGAUUGUGGGAACUCUUGGCUUGGCGUAACCGGUUUGACUGGUUUGAUAAAUGAACGUACUGGAGCUUUAGCUGGAAUCAAACAUGAAAAGCAGGAAUUACAGAUUUACAGUAUCAGUGCAUUACAUUAUUUUAUUGCGUGUAAUAAUCUUGCUAACUUUAUUAUACUGGAUAGCUCUAUCAGUUCUAAACUGUUCUCCCUAGAGAUUCAGUAGGGGUCAUCCAAUUUUGCUGCAAGAAGAUGGUUCUGUCAAAAAACCAUCCUUUAUUGGUCCAGUGUUACUAGUACAGAGCCCAUAUGCCAUGUGGAUGUAAGCAUAAAUUCUUACCAGAUCUGGGACAGUAUCCCCACUGCUUGUCUUGUUCAAAAUAAGGUGUAGUCGCACACCACAUUCUUUCGUUAUUCUUGGGACUAAGUAUGCAAUGAUAAUAUUGUGCUCCAUUGUAAGAGAACGGGAAAUGACAACACGAGCCCUCUCUCACUGUCCCUCCUAUUGUAUGAAUACAGUUCGCUAAAAAAUAAUAAUAAUAAUAAUAAUGUUACUCCCCUGUUUACAUCGUAUUUCAGAUCCUGAAUUUGCCGUUUUCAAAUGUUCCUCAAAUUUGUGGUCCAAAAACAAUGGAACAUUUGACCGUGACAACUGUAAAAUAUAUUUGGCUAUAUUUUUGUUACUUGUCUCAAAUGACAGAUAAGGGAGUAGUCAUUGGAUCAAAAGAGUCCGCCAACGCUUUGCCGAGAGUCGUGGGAUAAGGGUUUUCUCUGGGCGCUCCAGUUUUCUCCCGCAGGGUAGCCUGCGUGAAAUAUAUUUCAAGCAUAGAGCCUGACACGCAGGCUACCCACAGGAAAAGUUGACAGGGUGGGUUAGAAUAAACACAGUUAAGAAAGUUAUAUCACAAUUGUUGUAGAGAUAAAAUAGUCUACACUGCAAAACACGCCCGGCCUGCAACAAAGUUGUUGAAAACAGGCCUGAACAAUAUUUUGCUGCCCAUAAUGUCCCUGGUUAAGUUGUUAACAAUGUUGGUCAGCAGUGUUCAGCCUGAACAAUGCUGAACAAUAUUGUUAACUACCAUAACAAUAUGAGCAGCAAAAUAUUGUUCAAGCUUGUUUUCAUUAACAUUGUUACCGCCUGGGCGUUUUUUUGCUAUGUAGGAUAAGUAUGUAAUUAGCCAUUCCGAAGUUGAUGAGAGGACUGGGGACGAGUGUUAAAAACUGCCCAAAUUAAGAAAUGAACCAAAUGACUCGAUAGACCACCUCAAAAUUAGUAAGUAUACAAAGUUUGAAGACGUUUACAUGAAUACCCUUCGAAUAAUAAGCUUUCGAAAAUUGUGAAAUUACUGAUUAAAAGAUUGUUUUUGGGACGCACGUCCCAAAAACAAAAAUUACAAUACAUUUCAUAUAGUAAACACCACCAUUGUUGAAAGCUUAUUAUUCGAAGGAUAUUCUUGCAAACGUCUUCAAACUUUGUAUACUUACUAAUUUUGAGGUGGUCUUUUUAGUGAUUUGGUUCAUUUCUUAAUUUGGGCACUUUUUAACACUCGUCGUACUAAGCGUAUACUUUAUGUAAAGAUGUAAAUUUGCGUAUAGAAAUGCAAAUCGUAAUCGUACUCGUAGCCAACCAUAAAGCUAGCUAGGUGUGCUUUCCAAAAUGUGAAUUAGAUUCCAACAGGUAUAAACCUGCUGAAUAGGUCUUAAUACUCACAAGCACAUUGUUCCUUGAUGCAGGCCCUAGUCUCAGCCGCCGGUCCAAUACAGUAGAACCCAGGCCUACAUACUCUCGAUCGUCUGCGCGUCCCGACCCCACAAGAGACGCUACAUGGACCAUAAGACGACCAGGUCUCAUAACCAUCACUUCUGCCAGAACUUAGUGGUGAAUAACCAUUAUUCUGUCUUACAGAACUUGUUGGUACACUACCAAAAACAGGUCUGGGUUGAGUCUGAAUUCUCUUCCGUAACACAUUGUCCAGACUUUGUAUCUGUUGUUUUAGUGGUGCCGUGUAACUAGAUUGUGAAAAUUGGUUUGGGUUAGGCGUUACCCAGGCUGGUACUGUGUUAGGUUUAAGUACGUUUGCGACUCCGAUCUCAUUAGCAGUGAUUGUAUUCAUAGCAUGAGGUGUUGGAUUUGGUUUAGGUGUAGCAUGAUGAGCUGAUGACAUCAAUGCGAGCUCAGAAGCUGGUACAUUUGGAUUUUCCUGGGGCAUGUCAUUAUUUUGGGCUGUUGGUUUCGCGUCUUUAAGAAUCGUUGGUGUCGUUUUUCCAACACUUGCAGCCGAGGGCGUUGCGGUGCUCCCCUGAGGCUUCGGUGUCGUAUCGGAACUAGCCGGCGGCUUAGGUGAUGUAUCGGAAAGACUUAACUGAUUCGGCGUGGUAUCGGAACUACCCGGCGGCUUAGGCGAAGUAUUGGAAAGACUUGACUGGUUCGGCGAGGUGUCGGAAAGUCCCGGCGGUGUCGAUGAGGUCUCGGACGUUGCUGGUGCUUUCGGUGUUCCGUCGUUUAACGCGGGAAGUGUCAGAGUGCCAUUACCCAAUGGCGGAGGGAUUGGUGCGUUAUUUGUUACCUCGUUGUUCGGGGACGAUUUUGUUAGAUCAUUGUUGGGAGAAGAUGUAGUAAGGUCGUUGUUGGGAGAAGAUGUAGUUAGGUCGUUGUUUGGAGUUGGUGUCGUCUGAGUGUCUUGUGCUUCUGUUAUUGCUGCAUCGGAAUCUGUCGAGAAACGAAACACAGUCCUAAAUUUUAAUAACUUGAUUUUUACUAAUGACGGAUUAUCCAUCAAGACAUCCACAAGUUGUAACAAGGUUGUUGUCCAGCCGAUGUCAGGAUGUGUUCGCACUGCUUGUUCCCAGUUGUUGUGACAAGUCUGGAACAAGUUGUUAUCAUCUUGUUACAAGGUUGAUGACGGUAACAGACUUGCUACAAAUUGUUCCAAGAAGAUUAAUACAGACUGUUCGUAACAAGUUACUACGAGCUUGUUGUCAUCAACUUGUUAACAACUUGUUACGUGCAGACCAGAUAUCAGACUUGUUGGAACAACUUGUUGCGAGUCCGUUGGCCUCAUCAACCCUGUUACAAGAUGAUAACAACCUGUUCCAGACUUGUCAGCAACUGGGAACAAGCAGUGCGAACACAUCUUGUUGACAAGCUGGGAGAACUUUACGCGUAUACACACGUAAAAAUCUCAUAUCUUGUAGCAUGUCUGCUAACAAGCCGUCAACGAGUUGUGUUCGCACUGCUUGUCCCAAGUUGUCAACAAGUUUGGAACAAGCUGUUAACAACUUGUAACCAGCUUGAUGACAUUAUGGCAGACUUGUUGCAAGGUUGUUCCAACAAGUGCGAUACAGUCAUGAUAUAAGAAUAUUGUUACAACCUUGUGUUGUCAACUUUGUAACAUUCUUGUUUAUUGUGACUCUAUCAGACUUGUUAGAACAACCUUGUAACAAGUCUGAUAAUACCAUCAAGCUUGUUACAAGUUGUUAACAGCUUGUUUCAAACUUGUUACAACAACUGGGAACAAGCAGUGCGAACACAACUUGUCGACAGCUUGUGAACAGAUUUGUAACAACUUGUUUACAGACUUGUAGCAACUUGUGCGUUUUUACGCGUGUAGACGCUGUGCGCGAUCUCUAUAUUUAAACUAUACUCAAACACUUACUUGCGGCGUUUGACUGUGAUGACAAAACCACAUUCUGAAAAUCUUCCAAACACUCACGAGGUUUGAUAGUAAACACAUUCUUCUUGUUUAGCAUGACGUCAUCGUCUCUGUCUUGCACGUUCUCCGCGUAGAAGAUCACGUGACGUUGUUUAUGAUUGGCGUGUUUAAAUAUCGUCUUGAGUUUAAAAGCGUUGGCCGUUACUAAGUAACCUUCGGGUUUCAGACUCGAUACCACUCGCACAGGGCCACCAAGUUGAUUCACGAAUCUUAUACUGAUACAUUUGUCUGUUGGAGAAGAAAGGAAUUUCUCGCAUUUAAAAAUUCAAGAUUUUGAAAUGCAUUUUGUGAAAGUCAUUAAUAAUUCACGAAGAAAACCGUAUCUUUAUAUGUGAAAGAGAUUUCCCUUGAUUUACAUAAACUUUAUCUUUGAUUUUCUCAACUUACACAACGUAUUUUUUGAAAAUUACUUCGCCAAUGAACUUACUAGAUCCAUCGUUUUUGAAGCAAUUUAAAACAUUCGCAGUGCGUGUUUUGUCAGACCAAAAUAUACUUGGCUUCGCCUCGUAUCCUUAUAUCUGAUAAAACACUGCUGCUCAUGUUUUAAACGGUACAUAAAGCAUUUGCGUCCGUGUUGUAUCAGAUAUACAAUACGGCUGCUCAUGCUUUAUCUAUAACUCGUGAAACUCAUUAAUAAUUCAUGAAGAAAGCACAAAAGAAAUUAUGACCGUGAAGGAGUUUGUAUAUCUGAUACAAAAUCAUGCUGAUUUACAGAAACUUUAAGUUCAAUUUUCUCACCAAAUAUCAUUAGUUUAUUCGUUCGUCUCGAUGAGAACAUUCGUAUUCUUCAACAAUUAAAAAUAAAUGAAUGAUAUUUGGUGAGAAAAUUGAACUUAAAGUUUAUGUAAAUCAACAUGAUUUUGUAUCAGAUAUACAAACUUCUUCACGCUCAUGAUUUCUUCUGUGUUUUCUUCAUGAAUUAUUGAGUUUCACAAUGGUAUAUACACAAUAGCAAUGUAACAACAAACUGUUACGGAUAAUAUAAGUUGAUUGUAAUUGUCUGUGUAAGAAAUAAAUAAAGUAUGAAAAGAAAUCCAAAUGGGUGAGGAAAUUAUUGGGGGCGCCCUGUUUUUGUCAACAGUUCUGGAAUCGAGCGUCUUAGAGCAAAACCACCGGCCAAACCAUUAUUACCAUACCUGUGUCCAGUGUGGUCGGCACAUGAUUGACUACCAUAGCUCCACCAGUUGGCAAAGUCUUGACAAUAUUCUUCUUUUCCACCAUAUCUUGUUUCACUGGUACAUAUACACAGUUGUUGACGAAACCUUGUGUCCCGAUCCUCUCCGAGCGCGCCUUCAGUGUGUAUGGCGUGGUAUCAGUGUGACACAUGAACCAGCUGUCUCGUCCCAGGAGUUCAUAAGCUCGACCGCGCGGUCCUAGCUUCUCGUGGAAUGUCGCGUCUUUUUCUACAGAAAGUCAAAACUUCAGUGUGCGUGUUGGUGGCGCACUUGUCACACACGUAAAAACGCACAAGUUGUAACAAACCUGCAGCAGACUUGUAGCAAUGCUGUUCCAACAACUUGUCAACAGGAUGUAUUCGCACUGUUUGUUCCCAGCUUGUUGACAACUUGCUACAAGGUUGGUGAGCUCAACAGACUUGUUACAAGUUGUUCCAACAACUUGUUACCGUCCUGCAAUUCAUCAAUUUGUCAACAAGUUGUGAGUGAUAACCUUGUAGCAACUUGAUAAAAUAACAGUAUUGUUACAACUUGUUGACACGAAGCUUGCUACAAGCCUGUCGCGAACACAUCUUGUUGACAAGUUGUGAGAUUUUUACAUGUGUAGUACAUGUGCCUUUGUGACCAGCGAUGCGAUGUCUCAUUAUAAGUCACUGUUAACAACUUGUAACAACCUUGUUGAUAUUGUCAGACUUGUUGUAAGAUUGUUCCAGCAAGUCCGAUACAGUCAUGAUAUAACAAUAUUGUUACAACCUUGUGUUGUAACAUUCUUGUUUAUUAUGACUCUAUCAGACUUGUUAGAACAACCUUGUAACAAGUCUAAUAAUGCCAUCAUGGCUUGUUACAAGUUGUUAACAGCUUGUUCCAAACUUGUUUCAACAACUGGGAACAAGCAGUGCGAACACAACUUGUCGACAGCUUGUGAACAGAUUUGUAACAACUUGUUUGCAGACCUGUAACAACUUGUACAUUUUUACAUGUGUAGAGGUUGCACGAUCGAACAAGUUGUUUUGUCAGAAAUUCAUUGCUAAACUACAUUGUUUGCUUGUUUAUGUUACGCAUUUUGUCUUUGAUUCUUUACUAGUAAAUCAGUUGAAAUCAAAGUCUUCAAAUGACUUUGUUAAGGAAAACAUAAGAUUAGAAUGUUGAUUAAUCAAUCCUUACUGAUAUGUGAAGAUAAAACUAGACAUGAUGGCAAGUGAAUUUUAUUUCGGACAACCAAUUUUCAUGUCUAACUUGCCCUCAUCGCAAGUGGGAAAAAUAGUUAAGUUACACCAUGGCUGAUGGGGCUAUUACUUAUAUGAUAAAUUAUAUUACAUUACAAUUUACUUACGAAAUAAUUCCGUGUCAUCGUUUUUUUCCAUAUGAAAUUUAUAAUUCUUAUAUCGAAGAUAGAGCCCUGGUUUUUGUAUCGAUUCUAACGAGACGGUAUUGACAUCGUUGUUUAGUCCUGGUCGUCUGACUUUGAACAAUGUUGGCGUGUUACUGAGCAUCGAGAACUUGGCCAGAGUGCUGAUGCCCAUAGCAUUGUGUUGUCGAGUUGUGGUAGGUCUGUAGCUUGCGUCUGUGGUGUAGAAUUUCUCGUACGUUUCUGAUAGCUUGGCUAAUAUAGAGAAAAAUAGAGGCAUGUUAGUGGAACAGUGUUUCAUUUUCAUGACAACAUAUGUCUUUACCCAACCUCAAAUAUCAGGUAUGAAAUAAAUACCCAAAUACCCUGGCCAAAAACUUUACAAAAGGAUACAAUUCAGUUGUCACUCAUUCUGUGACAUGAGUUUGAUGUAAACUGCUUGUGCAAUUUUCUGCAGUGUAAAGUUUCAUGUAGACAAGUUUCAUGUAGGCACAUGUAGUUUCUUUGGACACACCAUUUGCCUCCAGAGGAAUCGGAAAAUGAUCAAGAUAGUGAAUCUGAUUGAUUGAUUUAGAAAUUGUAUUGACUUAUGACUGUUGACACUGCUUUUUAGUCUUCAAUAUUUGAGCGAGUCAGCUUUGAAAAUGACAAUAAAUUGUUAUUACCCAACCCUUGAGUUGUUCUGUUUUUCAUUUACCCAACUUUUCACUCACCCAAAAUGUCAUUUGCCCAAUCCUUUUCACUUCGGUACCCCCCCCCCCUUCUCCUCCAGUUUGGAACUGAAUUGAGCUACUCAGCAUGAAGUAAAGUUGUUUUUAUAUAACGCAAAUCCCUUAUCAGCCGACAAUUUUAAGAAAUAGAAAAGAAAAUACUCCGAAUAAGCGAGGAUUUUCACCAACAGAGAGAUACUGUCAUGAUUUCGUCUUCGCGAUAUCAGUUGCUUGAUUUCGUUUGAAUUUUAACCAUCCGAGUAAAUCAGUUUUUCAAUUCAAAAGAAAUUGAGCUGAAAGUUUUGAUAUAGCGAUAUUUAUAGUUAUAGUUAUAGAGCGCGAAUAUUCUUGGAAAUAAUUUUCUUACGGAUUGGUGAACCAUGUUAAUUUGGAUAUAUUAUUUUGGCUAGUAAAACAUAUCGGGUUGUGAAGCAUAGCGAAAUGAAACGAAGCGGAAUAAACUGAUUAAUUUGUGCGAAGUUAACUACCGCAGAAUCGCUAGUUGAUCUAUGAUAAUGACUAUACUGUUGACACUUAAAAGCUGUUAACUUAUUAAGUUUUUGGUAAGAUAAAUAUGUACCAAACAAUAAAGUUUAAUUCUUUGAUAUUCAAUGUUUGAAAUUGCCUUUCGUUCAUGUAUAGAUAUCUUAUACUGUUAUUAUAACAUUGGCCCUUGCAAACAUUAUGUGCUGUAGUUCUGUGAUAUGAAAUAGAUUAUUACAUAAUUAUAAUAAUUGUUUUAAUUAAAAAUUAUGCUAGAGUAACCGACUGUAUAUUCUGAUAUACUCUUAUCGCUUGAAUUGUCAAUAUUUCUUUAUUUCUAGUUACAAAAUUACACGCCAUUUGGACAACGCCAAAAAACAUAACAAAGUCGUACCUGCUCCCAAAACUUCACAAAAGGCCAACAGAAACCCUGACCAAAGCAAAAUAUCCAUUUUCCAGCUUGGGAAUUUGUUGGAAAUUGUUAAGGUAAUUUAGUAUAAGGUAUAAAAUGUUUUCUAUGACAUGUUAACAAAAAUCGUUUUCAGAUAAGGCGUUCCGGUUCGCUUGAACUGUUUUUGACUUGCUUAUUAAACAACUGUGCUGGCACCUGCUAGCUUAAACAGUGGCUACCUUUGUCUCCAGUUUAUUUACGACAGAUAACGGGCGUAGGUGUAAACUAUAGACUCGGCGACUACGGCCGGUUGUACGAAGGCACGAUCGCAUGUGCUGUGCAGCGAAUAUAUAGUGCUGGAUUUUUCAACAUUUGUAAAAAUGCGCGAAAGGCUGUGAUAUCCCACAAUAAAUAUAAAAACUUUAAUCUAUGUGAAUAGUCAAUUUUAAUCUUAGUUUAUACGACACAACUUUGUAUUAUCUUGAUUUUGAACUAGACUGGGUGAUAAGGUGAUUGGCUCUUCUCAUAGAAAUAAUAGAUAUCGAUUAUUUCUAUGGUUCUCAUGCAUGCCUUUGCUUGGAAUAUUGAAGAGAUUUUAAUGUUUUUUAAGGUAUAGUUCAGACUUCAGAUACAAACCACAGCAGCCUAUAUACUGAAAAUCUUUGAUGCAUUUAGUUUUACUAAAGUUUAGUCUAGCAACACGAGUCUGCAAUUUUUCCAGCAAAAUUAUAUAGCCUUCCAACAAGCCAGCUUGCAGAAGAGUUGUGAUUGGUAGGAUGGGGGAAUUUCACCUGACAUUUUAUUAUUAUUAUUAUUAAAACUUGUUUUUAAAAAC